AUGCUCAAAAGAUAUUCCAUAAUCGCAGGAGUUUUCCGCCUUCAUCAAGAAAAUUCUAUACAUAGAGAUUUGCAUUCAGGAAAUAUAUUAUAUUCUGAUUAUAGUGGUGGAUGGUAUGUUAGUGAUUUUGGAUUUUGUGGCCCUGCUGAUAAACCAUUAGAAAGUAUAUAUGGAAAUCUUCCUUAUAUAGCGCCUGAAGUUAUUAAUGGAAAAGGAUAUACAUUUGCAUCAGAUAUUUAUAGUAUUGGUAUGCUCAUGUGGGAGAUUUCAUCUGGACAAUCCCCUUUUGCCUAUUUUAAUCAUGAUUAUGAUCUUGCAAUAAAUUUAAUAAAAGGAAUGAGACCACAAAUCGUACAAGGAACUCCAACGGAAUAUAAAAAUUUAAUGAUUCAGUGUUGGGAUGCUGAUCCAUUAAAAAGACCCGAUAUUAAUACCCUUCAGGAUAAAAGUAUAGAAAUUCAAAAAUCUAGAGAUGAAUUAGGGUUAAAUUUUAAUUGA